UACAAUCCCAUUCGGGGUGAAGUUUUGACCCAGUGAUCUCCAUAGAAAGAACUUCACUCUAUAUUCUAUUGGCCACUUUUCACCUCCAUCUUUGUUCCGCUGUCUCGGACGUGCUAUUCCUUGUUUUUUUAAUUCCGCCAGUCCGUGCAUCCCAAAGCCUCGUUUUGCCGCCCGCGUCGCAUAUCCCACACUCUUCACACUCCUCUCGAACUCUCCGCCCAAACAAGCAUUCCCAGCCUAGCUUUGAUCUCCCCCUUCUUCCCCUUUGUUGGGCUUUUUUUGUCCCGUUUCAACAACUCCACAAGGGGUCCUUGCUUGCGAUGGCUCUUCAUGCCGCCAUCGGAGCAGCUCCUUGCUUUGCCAGCCCAGUCCUGAAACCAAGAACCAGGUCUCGGAGCUUCACCCACGGCAGGGUCUCGGUGACCAAGCCUCUGAUCCGUGGCCGUGCCUCCCGAGGUUUGGAACUAAGUUUUUAUCCCUCGGGAUGUAUAAAGGCAUUUUCGGGUAGUAAUGGUACACCUGAAUUGGGUGUGCCAUCAAAGGUAGUGUGCUUUGGGGAAAUGUUAAUUGACUUUGUUCCAACCACGAGUGGGCUUUCUUUGGCUGAGGCACCUGCAUUCAAAAAGGCUCCAGGCGGAGCACCAGCAAAUGUUGCUGUCGGCAUAGCUCGACUUGGUGGUUCAUCAGCUUUUAUUGGGAAAGUUGGUGAAGAUGAGUUUGGCUAUAUGCUGGCUGAUAUUCUGAAGGAAAAUAAUGUAAACAAUCAGGGAAUGCAUUUUGACCCUGGUGCAAGAACAGCUUUGGCUUUUGUUACGUUAAGAAAGGAUGGUGAACGCGAAUUCAUGUUCUAUAGAAAUCCUAGUGCUGAUAUGCUGCUUGAAGAAGGAGAAUUGGACCUUGAUAUCAUCACACAAGCAAAAAUCUUUCACUAUGGUUCUAUAAGCCUGAUAACAGAACCUUGUAAGUCAGCCCAUAUAGCAGCUGCUAAAGCUGCAAAGGAUGCUGGAGUUCUGUUGUCUUAUGAUCCAAAUCUUAGACUCCCACUAUGGCCAUCUGCUGAAAGUGCUAGAGAAGGAAUCUUCAGUAUAUGGGAAGCUGCUGAUAUUAUUAAGAUAAGUGAGGAAGAGAUAUCCUUUUUGACCAAAGGAGAGGAUCCGUACGAUGAUGCAGUUGUACGGAAGCUUUUCCAUCCAAAUCUGAAACUUCUCCUCGUUACUGAGGGCCAAUAUGGAUGCAGAUAUUACUCUGAGGACUUCCAAGGGAGGAUUGGGGGGUUAAAGGUGGAUGCAGUUGACACCACUGGUGCUGGAGAUGCUUUUGUUGCAGGAAUAUUGUCCCAAGUAGCUGAUGAUUUCUCUUUACUGCAGGAUGAAGGUAAGCUGAGAAAAGCACUCAUGUUUGCAAAUGCAUGUGGAGGUCUGACUGUGAUGGAGAGGGGAGCCAUUCCAGCAUUACCAACUCGAGAAGCAGUGUUGGAUGCGAUGGUUAAUAUGGUUGCGUAAAACCCCAACUGGCAACGAAUCCCACCGUCCCGACUUUUGGAACCAAACCUCUGGCUCUGAGGCUAUCACCCUAGCGAUGGAUGGGUUGGUAGCAUCUGAUGUUUAUCAGUUGAGAUUACAUGUAAGUUUAUUUGCGGUAGUAAUAUAUUGUUUGAACAUCUUGAAACGGAUUGCUCCCCUUCAUGGAAUUGUGGUUGGAAGCUUUCAUCGUGUUGUGUAUAAUGGGAAUAAAAAAUCACCUUGGGUGAUUUUAUCUGUCCAAAUUUGACAAUGAGAAAUCAUGCUGCAAUUGAAAAUGUUAUUUUGUUGUUAUAAUU